UAAUGACGAAUGUAAAAAUCUGAAAUGGCUUUUCUGAAUUACUGAAACGAAUAGAUGAAUGCUCCAAAAUGGCCAUCAUGCUGAGUCAAAUGCUUAAACCCCUAAAGCUUAUUCACUUUUCCUACAAUCCUCAGGUAUUAUCUGAAUAUGGACCAGAGGAAUUCAACCAUCUCAUGGAAUGUGUCCAAAAUGUGUUGGUCGAAGAUGCUAUAAGAAAAAAUUUUGAUGUAGAGGAACAUAAAAAAUUUAUUUAUAUUAUUUUGAAUGAACUCAAGUUGGCCGAAAUGAAUUUUAAAGACAAAAUAAAUGACCAUUGUCUGACUCCAGAUCAGAACAGACAACUGCGAUUGAAGAUCUACAUGUGUAUAGGAAAUGUGUGUUUGGAUCUCUUCAGACUUUACUGCAGAAAGGCCAAAGAACUUGACAGUCGUGGAGUGUAUACGACCAUACCCAACAAUAGCCGAGCGAGGACUGAACUGGCCACGGAAACUGCAAAGUUGCUUGAUGUAUUUGCCAUUCGUCACGCGAUUAAGAAAAUUGAGACGCUUCGGUGGAGACUGAGUGAUGCAGACCUGCCUAUGAGACACCAGUACAGAGAAAAGAAGCUAAGGCAUUGGCACGUAGGGAGUACGUCAAAGCAAGAAAUAUUUGUCAAGAAUAUGUUCCAGAAGUUCUUCAGUAAAUAUGGAUCAUCAUAUCCUGGGAAACUAUAUACUGAUUACUACAAAUAUCGAAUGCAGAUAUUUGAAUUGAUGCAAGGUAGAAAACGUCCUGAAGAUCCGGAAAUUGUUGAGGAAUCCGAAAGUCCAUCCGUUGAAAUAAUCCAAGCGAAAGUUCCCAAAUACAAAGAAACGAAACGCAUUAAGCGUUCCAAUUCUGAACCUCGACUCUAUUUUGGAGAAAGUAUCUUUGAAGAACUUGACAUACAGCUUUCAGCUGUGCUUAAAAGGAGCCAGUCUCUUGCCGCAAUGCAUUUAUUACCAACAAAGAUAGAAGAGAGACAAAUAAGGGACCUAGAUAAGGACUUAAGGCUCCUGGCGCAGAGGGAUGACGUUCAAGAUGAUGUGGCAGAGCUUCUAAUGGAUGAUCUACCUCCAGUCAUUAAGUCUGCUACACAAGAUGACAAAAGGAAGCAGGCUCAAGCCAAGUUACAAAGAACUAUCCAAACUCUUGAACAGCUGCAACGAGAAAAUAGACGAAUUGAUAGCAAAGACGUGAAAGUAAUUGAACCGAUCUUCACCCAACCUGAUAUUCUGACAGUUAAUUUCCAGAGAAAGGAUACUGUUCGAAUCUCCUCUGUACAAGUGACAGAGAGGAGUCUACAGGUCAACCCAACAUUACAGAUAUUCAAACCACAAUACAAUGAACUUCUUGGUGAGAUUCCCUCAUCUAUAGUUGAUGAAAUUGACCAAGUUGUUGAUGACAAGCAUCAGCUUGAAGAGCUCUAUGAAAAUCUAAAUACCGUUUUGGAAGAGUUUGAGAAUAAGGAAUCAUUUGAAAUACUGUCCGAGGCUGAUGACAUAUUUGAGGUUCCUGACAACUUGAACUUCAAAUUUUGCAUGAACUCUGCUUCACUGAACAUGAAAUCGCGAAUAGUCAAUGAGGAUCUGAAGGUGGAAGAAGUGCCACCCUGGCAGGGUAUGAAAAGAGAAGCGUGGGAAUUAGUUCCACAGGUUCCUCGGAGACACCAGAAGACAACCAUAUAUCCACGGAAUCCCAUGAUUGUGAUGAUGCAGACAUGUCGGAUGCGAAAAGGCAGAACGAAUGGAAGACAUGGUGGUUAUCGUUUUUCAAUGACAAAGACUGCCUCAAAUAUCUCAGCAUGAUGAAAACAGAUUUCCUUCAUGUUAUCUUCCAUCUGUAUGAUGACGAAAACUUAUUAGAAAUCUUUAGAUCAAAAGAAGAAGCGGAAAGAUUGGCUGCGAUUUUAAAAACGGAGAAAGAAGUAGUUGCCGCUGAG